GAAGAAACAUUCAUCUGAUGAUAGGAAAUUACUACAUUCCAAGACUCCAGAAAGGAUUAAGUCGUCAACUGUCAAUGACAAGUCACUUCAUGGGGAGCACGCGCAAAGCAAAAGUGUAAGGACUAGGAGAACAAACGAAAAGUUAUCGAAGAUUAUAGAGAAGAAAGUUCCAGAAACUAAUCAAAUUUCAAUGUCAUCCGAGAAUACUGAGACAACUGCAUCCAAGACCAGCAAUCAAAAGAUAACAUCGAAGAAAGAUCCGUUGCGCAACAAACUGCUGGAUACAAAGACUAGCUCUCUAACAGAGAAACUGAAUGAGGACUCACCAAGAUCUUCACCAGCUAGAGCUAAAAGAAUACAUUCGUCACCGAUGUCUUCACCAACACGAACACCAAAGGCAUCUUCAAGAUCAUCACCAGCGAUCGCCUCAAAGGGAUAUGCAUAUCAAUCUCCAAGUUCAUCGCCAUUAAAUCCAUGUUCUCGAUGUGCAAGAGUAAAUCGAGAGUGUCAACCUUCAGGUAUGAGUCCACAUAUACAACGGAAAGCUCAUCCGUCUCAUUCAGAGAUCGCGUAGCUCUUCAUCUGUCACUUAAUGCAUAUACAACAGUAUUUGCACUGAAUAGAUUCAUACAAUGUACUCACUCAAGGCUAAGAUUUCUUUAGUCACAGGUUAGAGCUACAAAACCUCCCCCGCUUUUCGUGGGGGCCUUUGUAACAAGAGAAAUAUGCGCUAUUACUAUAUAUACAGUUUUCCACCUUA